UCUAUAUGUAAUAGUCUCUCUCAGCUUCCCCACCCUUCAGAGCAAAACAACACUGAUCAAAAUCAGCUACUCAGAGAGAGAGAGAGAGAGAGAGAUGGGCAGCAGCAGCAGCAGCCUCACAUUUCCGAAGGGAUUUCGAUUCCAUCCCACCAACGAGGAGGUGCUGAGCUACUUGGAGAUGAAGAAUCAGGGCAGGGAUUCUGAAAUCACAGCCAUGAUCCCCGAAAUCAAUCUUUGCAGGCACGAUCCCCCCGAUUUACCAGCACUGGUGCUUGCACGGGGAGAACUACUGGACAGGGAGUGGUACGUUGCCCUCAUGUCUUGGGACAGGCAGUGGUACUUCUACAGUCGGCGUGAUUACAAGUACAUCAAGAGCACUCGCUCCAACAGGACUACAAGGAAUGGGUACUGGAAGAUCACAGGCAAGGAACUUGCAAUCAAGGCCCCGGGCUCCAAAGCUGUGAUUGGGAUAAAGAGGACCUUGACCUUCUACGUUAAACGUGGAGUGCCGAAACCCCAGAAGACCAACUGGGUUCUUCAUGAGUUUGAUCUCACCAAGGCAAAUUCUGAUGACCAGAUAGGGGACUUUGUUCUCUGCCGCUUGAAGUACAAGUCAGACGACUCUGAUCAUGAUAAGCAGGUCUGCGAUGGAGGUGAAACUGGUACCGGUAUGGCCUCCAAUGUUGAAAAUCAGGCUGCAGCAGAGGGUUUGAUUGCAGAAGCAGGAGAAAACCUGGCAAUCAAGGAGCCGGGAGAUGCUGUCUGGGAAUCUGAUGGCAAUGAGCAUCAACUUAAAGGAUUGCAAACUGAUCCUUGUGGUAAAGAUAGGAAUGAUCUUCCGAUCUCUGUUGAAGGUCAAUCUAAUAGCUGCAAUUCGUCUGAUUCUGAUACGAUUAAAGAGCUACAUGAUAAGCCAGAAAAUCUGGACUCACCCUCUGAUCAACCUCCGCCACCUCAACCGCAGUCACCACAAAAGCUGGGCAAUGUUUCACCCACCACCAAUGCCCAUAUUGAUGAAUGUCGCAAGAGGAAAGUUCAAUUUGGGGAUAAUAACCCUUCUCCUACUAAACAGAAUCAUAUUUCAACCAAUGACGUUGAUGAACUAGCUAGCAACACUGCAUCUAAUUCUAUAAAUCAAGCUGCAGAUGCAAUUCCAGAGGGGUGUUCUCAACCAGGAGAAAAUCUGGGAUCUGAUCCAUUUCAGUCACUGGAACCACUAUCAAUAAACAGAGAACUGAGAGAUUUUUCCCAUUACAAUAAUUCUAUUGGAUGGGAUGAUAUGCCAAUUGAAGGUAUUGACUUUUCUCUCGUAAAGUUCUUAGAUACAGUUAUUGAUGAAGGUAGCAGUGACGGACACAACAAAGUCGUCUGUGGAUUGGUAAAUGAUUGUUCUACAUCAGCCAUUGGAGCAACACUCCAAUGUAGCUAAUCAAAAUUAUUUAUAGGAGAAUAUCAAAGGACGCCUCGGUAAUAAUGUGUACUCACGUUAUUGCUGUCGGUGAUAUUCUCCUACAAAUGGUUCAUGAAAUGCUCAGAUGUGUUGAUUGGCAUACAAUCGCAUCUUUUCUGCAUUUCUUGUACUGGAGUCUUUGUACCUGUUUUUCUUUUCUUUUUCUUUUGGGAGUGGGGAGGCAUCUGUGUCACAGCAUCCCCCAGUGAACUUUUGGUUGAAAGAGAGACCAGCGAAUGCAUAUGGUUCAAAUGCCAUCCGGAAGUCUACCCUUCUCUGAGUGUGACGAGUCCAGGCAUAUAAAGAUGUCUUUUCUCAUAAGCAGUUCCUUGGAGGUGGAGCUUCCUCUGUCAACAUUACUACCUAUAUUCAUUCCUCAGAUCAUCUUGUCAAUUGAAGUACCAAUAUUCCUUUCUUCUGUCAACAUUACUACCAACAUCGUGUCAACUGAAGUACCAAUAUUUGUUCCUCCUAUCCAUACUUUUCAAAUGUCCUAAAAUCAAAGGACAUAACUAUCCACAUCCAUUUCUUCAGAUCCCCAAUAGUGAGUCCUCAGAAUCACCAAUAGCCAUUUGUCAAACAAGUAGUCUGCAAUAUGUCCUUAGGAUCAAAGGACAUACGCAAAACCUCAAUAUCAUCUAAUAGCCAGUCAUGGAGUCAUACAUGGGAGGUGCUCCUACAAGAAUCCGACUGCAGAGCAGCAUCACAAACCAAGGUCAGUGAAGCUGCAGAGGCAUUAUAUUGCCGUUUAUCUUGCCAGAAAAAACUGAAAAUCCUGGAAGCAGACCACAGUUUGAAGCUGGCAGCAAUUUUAAAGGGUUCUUGCAUUUCCCUGGAUGCAUCUCCUUUCAAUCCGUAAAGCAUAUCUAUCGGAAGUCAUAGUUCUAGCCUUAAAGACCAUUAUGAGCAACGCAACUGUUGCAUAGUCACUCUGAUCUGGAAGCGGUGUUACAUAGGACCUGCUGCAACAUAGCUGCUGGAGUCUCAAAGACAUAUUAGUAAUAAUCAGACACCAGUAUUCUCCCUCUUCUGUCUGGUUAUUAAUAUAGGAAGUUUUGGGGUUCCAUCCACCAAUGUAGUAGUUACAACCAUGUCCAAGAUGUAUGAAUACAAUUAAAGGUCAUAGAGAGGCCUUCAGACUGAGUCUGAAACAUCCCAUGCCUACAACCAAAAAUUGUAUCGCUGUUCAUAUCACUCUUAUCUGUAUUACCCUGAUAUUCUUGUACAUAUAGUUUAUUAUGAAGCUCUAAUGUUUAAUGGAAUUCUGUGUAUUUCAUUCC